AUGGGCCAAGCUUGGUUGCCAAAGCCAAGACUCUUGCUUGAAACUGCAAGUCUUGAACCAGGGUCUCCAGAAACUCCACUGGAGGAGAAGGAGAUUGCGAAAAUUAGAGACUCUCGAUUGAGUCCUGAGCCAGAGUCCCUAAAGAGUCCAACACCUAAGGAGAAAGGAAUUACAGAAAUGAUGCGCUUAUUCCAUAAUCUGUCAGUGAAAACAGUGUUCAUUUUCCACUAUUUAGACCUGUCUAAGGUGCGAGUGAGUGGUUUCAGCCUCAGCCUCUUAAAAGUUGCUGCUGCAGCAGCGUUCGACAUUGCAGCCUGCGAUGAGGAAUGGAGGCGUGUAGCAGCAGCAGCAGCUGAGACCCAGCGUCUGCUCCCAGGUCUCGGUACGCAGAUGAGAACUCAGAAUGCACCCCUUGGUGCACCACUGAUACUCUCGCCAAGGAUAUCCGUUCCAACAACAGCAGCCUCUCUGCUGAAUGGCUCAGGCCCACCAGGCUCAUUGCUGUCAGCUGGUGAUCCACAUGGUCUCAUCUACACCCCAUAUGCAGACUACGCAAACUACGCAGCACUUGCAGCAUCACCACUUCUCACCGAGUACGCUGACCAUUCUGGUGGGUUAUUUGCUCGCUGACGCUAGAUGCACGAGACCGAGCUCUCAUUUAUUAAUUAUUAUUAUUACCCUAUUUCUCUUUGAAUUAUCAGACUCAUGAUGAAUACUUGACACUCUCUUCACUAGAUCCAAUUGCCAUUAUUUUUAUUGGAUGGAAACACCAUCACGACAGAGUGUUCACUGUACGUUUAUAAAUAUUACAUCGUCUUAUUGUCUAGGGCCCCUAGAGUUUAACUCGAAAAGAAGAACAAAAAUAGUUUAAAUCAGUCAUUUACUAGUCGCGUCAUUGUUUGUUUAUUUUUUUUUUUCUUCAUUUUUUUUAGGGAGAUUUUUCUUUUUUACUGAGCUCUCAAUGAAGAUAAGUGGUUAUUGUUUUUCUUUUUUUUUCUCCAUGUUUUUUUCAUUAAUCAUCCGUAAUUACAUAAUUCCCCCCCGGCGUUCGCGAUAGGACGAUGCGAGGAUGUAGAAUGAAUGCUAGUCCAUAAACCGUCGAUUUUUAAGAUGCCAUGUGCAUUGUUUAGGACCAAUGGUGAAGGUUAAAUCGGUGGAGUUGUACUUUAGUAGAUUAGAAAAUCGUGCGGAUUGUUUUGGAGAUCACACCGUCCUUGAGGGGCACUGGGCCCGCUAAUGCAAAAAGUAUUUCCAACCCAUUAAGAGUAUCAACAUGUAGUGAUGUAGAAUACGAUACGAAAAGCGCCUUGUUAU